AUUCGUAAAAAUGGGUCUAAUAAGUUUGAUUCCCCAAUUCUAUAUGCUCGCCGGCGGCGGAGAUCCCCGUAGGAUAGGAUUCCUCCAGCGGCCGGCAUAGUAAAUCCGAACCCGAGGAAGUUCCGGCGUCGAUCCAUGAUAUUUAUCGGUCGUUGCUUGCUAGAUUCGCCGGGCAAUAGGAGGGAGGUAGAUCGAUCUACCAUGGCCAGGCGCUGGAGGUUGAGAGACCGGCGGUCCCGACGCCAGCGGUGCGGCGGCGGCGGAGAUCGCGAAGACCGCCUCAGCGCCCUCCCCAACGACCUGCUCCUCCUGGUCCUGCGUCGCGUCGACACCCGCACGGCGCUCGCCACCGGGCUGCUCUCCAGGCGCUGGGCGCAUCUCUCCCGCGAGCUCCCCACCCUCGAUUUCAGGGUCGGCGACGGGCUCCCGGCGCGCUACGACCGGUGCAUCCUCCGCCAUCGCGGCGUAAUGCGCUGCGGCAUGCUGUACGGGAACUCUAUCAGGAAGGACCUGAUGCCUGCGAUCCGGAGGCACGAGCGGCGGGCCAUGCGCGGCUUCGUUAGCUCCGUCAAGAGCUUCAUCGACGCCGCCGACGCCGCCGACCGACCUCGCCGUAAGCUCAGUAGGCUGAGCCUCGAGUUCUUCAGCACGCACCACGCAGGCUGCAUCAACCGGUUGGUCUCAAAAGCCAUAGACGAUUGGGGGGUCGAGGAGCUCGAGGCUGUGGCGAAGCCAAUGUACUGGCAACACCCUCCUGCCCACGCGUUCCCCAGCCAUGGCCUCUGCAAGGAGCCCCGCGCGUCACGCCUGCGGAGCCUCACGCUCGGCGGCUGCGUGCUCCCUCCGCUGCACGACUACGGCGCGGUCACCAAGCUCGUGCUGCACGGCAUGCCCAGAUCCACUCCGGCGGCAGCCUACGAGGGCGUCUUCACCUCGUGCCCGCAGCUCCAGGUGCUGCACCUCAAGUCAUGCUACCUUCAGUGGAGCUUAAGCUUGGUGGUGGACGCCCCCAUGUCGGAGAUCAGGGAGCUCGUCGUUGAUCAGUGCCAGAUCCGGGUGGUCAGGAUCCGGGCUCUUCCCAGGCUCGAGAGCCUACUCUCCUGGGGUACCCAGGUGCUGUUCGACUCAGCAGCCUCUUCUCCCUGCCGCCUCCGGCAAUGGCACCUCGCCUUUCGCUACGGCCUAAAACGCAAACUGCACCCUUGUUUCAUCGACGACAUGGAACUGGACGACUUCUUUGCCUGCACACCGGACAUCACCAACCUGAUCAUCCGCUUCACCGGGCCGGAGAGAUGGAUCGUGCCCUCUUCUUCUACCUCGCUGCUGCCCGGCCUGACGAGGCUGCUGGUCGCCGACGUACCAUCCUCAUGGGACGUUUCCUGGCCUCGCAUGCUCCUCGAGGCGGCGCCGUCGCUCCAGACCCUUCACAUCCACAUCGCCCCGUGCGAUGAGGACCCCAGCAGCGAGAUCCCGUGGCAGCCCACCGCGCUCCGGCACCACUGCCUGGAGGAGUUCGCCAUGGCUGGCUUCGAGGGAACGGAGAGGCAGGUGUACUUUGUCAAGUUCGUCAUGGGAGCUUGCACUGCACUCCGCCAUGUCGCGAUUUUCAAGGACGGGAAUGUGCAGUACAAUGGAAGCUGGGACUGGGAGAUGCCGAGGAUGCUGGAGAUCUCAUGGACUGGUAAGGAGAAAGAAACCAUGAAGAAGCGGCUCAUGGAUGCGGCCUCAUGCUCAACGGAUCAUCUUCAAAUAGUUUUAGGCUGAUUCACUCUUGUAGUCAUGUGUGCAAAUGUCUCUACUAGCUAGCCAGGAAGGCUGUUACAAUUUAUCCUAGUCACUGAAAUUUUAUUUGGAUUAGUUUGUAAUCUCCUUUACUCGAAUAAUGGCGUUGCUGAACCUUGUGUGAAUUCGGUGCUUGUUUGUUUCUGUAAUGUGUAAUAAUUUGACAUUACCUGUCUUACUGAUUUCUGAACAACUUGUAAAUGUCAGAGGUUUUGAUCGAGAUGUUGAUCAAUCCUGCGUCAGCCUGUUCAGGCAGCCACCGGUGUAAAAGAGUAUUCUACCUGUUAUUAUUGUGAGAAUUUAAUAUGCUACCUGAAGUGGUUAUAUUGC